CAGAUUUCUCGACAUUGUAAAAUGUCAACGUCUAUGGAUUCUAACCUCAUAAAUUCUGAAUUUAUACUUGUGAAAAACAAGAAAUUACGCAAAAAUAAGACAAUAAAACCAAAUAAUUUGUCACAGGUUUCCCAUUUUGAAAACAAUACUAUCGAUUCUAUUAUAAGGCGAAUUAAAUCAGCUAAGCAAGAAAUAAUCGUUUCAGACUUUUAUAAGUCAGUUAAAGCAUCUACUCGUGAAGCCUUAAGUCUUCUUAUUCCCUUAAAGCCUACAGAAAUAGUCUGUUUUGGACUGGGUAAAGUUGGUGAGUGCACUAGUGCUCGUUAUCAACUAGCUCUGUUACUGUGUUUGAAAGACUUCUUCGAUGUAAAAGCCUGUAUAUACGACCCUGUUUUUACAUCAAAUGAUGUAGACAUACUAAAACAUUUUAAUUGCUUAGUUUUAUCUAACAAUUCUGAAGCAAAGUAUAGAAUCUCAUCCUCAGAAAGCUUAACAUUAUUUUACUUACCCCAUUGUCCAAAGCAGCUAUCAAAUAAUUUAUUGUGGGCCAAUUGGGGCCUAGAGCUUAACUGUUGUAUCAUUAUAGCCAACAGUUUCACUAAAAUACUUGAAACAAACCCCAGUAGAAUUCUUCAGGGGUCUGCCAAUUUCAUAUCAAAAAUUGUACCAUAUACACUGGAAUUGGCUUUGAUAAACACGUUUAAAUACCAAGACAUUUUCAAUGACCUAUCUCUUCAUAUUUUUCCAAAUACAAAAUUAUAUUUGAUUUCUAAAGAAUUUUGGGAAGAUCGAGACGAACCUAAAUAUACCGAUAACGACAUUGAAUUUAUUACAAAAGAAAUGGCUGAUUCCCUAAAACUUUAACUAAUCAAAGCCCUUUAUUCUUCAGAGAAGGGUUUUACAAGAAGAAAUGAAUUACUCGUCGCCUGCUAUGCAAACUCUACGUCGUUUAAUGUCUGAAAU